AUGCUGCCCCUGCACCGCUUCCUCUUUUUAUGUCUAGCGAUACUGCCUCUUGCCGCAUGUGCAUAUCGGGCAAAAAGAUUGACACUCCAAGAGCUUACAAGCGGCCGCACGUUUGUAACCAAUGUCCUUGAUCAGUUUACUUCGCCAAGCUGGGCAAAGAAUUUAGCUGUCUGCGACAAUGGAGACAUACUGAUCACGGUGAUUGCACCAUCAGCAAGUCUCUAUCGAAUUGCAAACCCACAAUGUUCAAAUCCAACGACGACACUAGUCCAUACCUUUCCAAACGUCGAGAGCCUUCUGAGAAUUGCGGAACUCCAGCCAAAUCUUUUCGUUGUCGUUGGUAUAAAUGCUUCUGGAGUCGUUGCUAUUCCCGGCACCGGAUUUCUGUGGAGUGUGAACUUUUCUGCUUCUUUUCGUCGCCAAUCAUUACGGAAAUUACUGCUUUACCGUAACGGUAUGACAGCCUUACCAGAAAAUGACGGUGAUGUUUUGUUGGCAGAUUCAUUUCUGGGCUGCGUAUGGCGUAUAGAUAUCCAUACAAAAGCAGUUAAUAUCGCAAUGAAGUUGUCGCAGAUGGAGCCUCCUUCAACUGCCUUGGUACCAAUCGGCAUCAACGGAAUCCAUGCGAAACAGAACCCUUUCGGCUCAACUGUGCUAUAUUGGUCCAACAGCUUUGAGACGACAAUUUACAGCAUUGGCAUCGAUGGCUGCACUGGGGCCAUGUUGAGUGGGCAGCAGGAACCCCAGGUAAGGGCUCGUGCUGAGGACGGUUAUCUAUUUGUUGAUGACUUCGCGAUGGUAUCCCAGGGUGGCAUUCGGGCAGCCGCCAACUUCAACAAUACUGUUCUGUACGCGUCUACACAGUCUCACAUUUUACGCCCUGUUGUUGGAUCUGAAAAUAGCCUUCUAAUGGCUGGCUGUACGUCAUACAGUUUUGGCCGUAGGGCCGGCAGAGACAAUGUUUUAUAUGUGACAAACAGUGGCGCUGAAGUAUAUCCGGUUAAUGGAGCUCUGACAAUGGGUGCAAGCGUUGUAGCAGUAAAUGUAUAA